GGAACUUUUUGAAAUUUCGGGUCGACAAAAUAUUUUAUACAUUGCUCCUGGUCAACGUGGAUCUGUCACCAAUUACAUUGCUUCCCUCUGAAUCGACUUGGUAAUGGAAUAACAAGAAAGUGGAGUCCCCGUUCAACUCUUUUCUUUUCUUUCUGGUAGCUGUCAUUCUUUCUUUCCCUGCAAUCAAACGACGCCGUUGUCAAACACUUCUGUUUCUACCAAACACCUAAAGUUCGCGUUGUUGUCCCCCUCGCUCCCUCUCUCUGAGAAUCAGCAUUGCGACAGUGAAAAUGGACUCCGGCGGCGGUGUCUUGUUGGCUUCAUCUUCUACUGCGGUGGAGCAAAUGGGUGGUGGAGGAGUAAGAGGUAUGAGGAAAAAUCCAACAAUGAUUUGUGCUCCAAUCAUGGCGGAUUCCGUCGAUAAGAUGAUCAUUGAUUUGAAUAAGGCCAAAGCUAGCGGUGCUGAUCUCGUGGAGAUUCGAUUAGAUAGUUUGAAGAGCUUUAAUCCUACUGAAGACCUUAAAACCCUUAUAACUCGUUCUCCUUUGCCCACUCUUUUCACUUACAGACCAAUAUGGGAGGGAGGUCAGUAUGAAGGUGACGAACCCAGUAGAUUGGAUGCUCUUAGAUUAGCCAUGGAGUUGGGAGCUGAUUAUGUUGAUGUUGAGCUUCAGGUUGCUCGUCAGUUUAAUGACUCCACACAUGAAAAAAAACCUGCGAAGUGCAAAGUCAUUGUUUCUUCUCACAACUAUCACAACACCCCAUCUGUUGAGGAGCUUGGCAACCUUGUGGCAAAAAUACAAGCUGCUGGAGCUGACAUAGUGAAGAUUGCAACAACUGCCUUGGAUAUUGCUGAUGUUGCUCGCAUUUUCCAAAUAACUGUCCAUUCUCAAGUUCCAAUAAUUGGAAUUGUUAUGGGUGAGAGGGGUUUGAUUUCACGGAUACUUUGUGCAAAGUUUGGUGGGUAUCUCACUUUUGGCACUCUAGAGUCAGGAAUAGUUUCUGCUCCUGGUCAACCAAUGAUCAAGGAUUUACUGGAUCUAUACAAUUUUAGAUCAAUUGGACCUGAUACAAAAGUAUAUGGCAUUAUUGGAAAGCCUGUCAGCCACAGCAAAUCACCUAUUUUAUACAAUGAAGCAUUCAAGUCAGUUGGAUUCAAUGGUGUGUAUGUUCAUUUGUUAGUGGAUGACAUAGCCAAUUUUCUCCAGACUUUCUCAUCCACAGAUUUUGCAGGAUUCAGUUGUACAAUUCCUCAUAAGGAGGCUGCCUUAAAGUGCUGUGAUGAGGUUGAUCCAGUUGCAAAGUCAAUAGGAGCCGUUAAUUGCAUUAUAAGGAGACAAAAUGAUGGGAAGUUAUUUGGUUACAACACAGACUAUGUUGGUGCCAUUUCUGCUAUUGAGGAGGGACUGCGAGUUUCACAAAAUAUAAGCGGUGCAGCCGGUUCACCUUUAGCUGGUAAGCUGUUUGUGGUCAUUGGUGCUGGUGGUGCAGGCAAGGCACUUGCUUAUGGUGCAAAAGAAAAAGGUGCAAGGGUUGUGAUUGCCAAUCGCACCUAUGAUCGAGCAAAAGAACUUGCAGACAUAGUUGGAGGAGAUGCUAUAUCUCUUGCUGAUUUGGAUAAUUUCCAUCCGGAGGAUGGCAUGAUUCUUGCAAACACGACAUCUAUUGGAAUGCAACCGAAAGUUGAGGAGACACCAGUUGCUAAGCCUGCGUUGAGAUACUACUCACUGGUCUUCGAUGCUGUUUACACCCCUAAAAUUACCAGACUCUUGAGAGAAGCAGAGGAAUCUGGAGCCAUAACAGUUUCAGGGUUGGAGAUGUUUAUUGGGCAGGCAUAUGAACAAUUUGAGAGGUUCUCUGGAUUACCCGCACCCAAGGAACUCUUUCGGAAAAUUAUGUCCAAAUAUUAAUGGGGUCUCAUGGCUAAUCUUAUGAAUGUGGCUGGUUUUUCUUUUCCAUGGUUGAAUUAAAACAUCUUCUUUUCCUCUUUGGAGAUUCUUGGGGGAGGGAGAAAAGGAAAUGCUUCUGCAGUUUGACCAUUAAUUAUUCUGAAACUCAUUUUUUUUACCUGAUGGAAAUAUAAUAUAAUUCCUACACUCCAGGAUGCUUUAAUAAAUAAGAAUUCUUUACGCUAGAA